AAAAUCUCAGAAGAAUCCAAGAUGCAUUCUCUUUUGAAAUUGAGCUGAAUUUUACUGUUCCUAGUGCCAUCAAUUCACAGUCUGAGUUUUACCAUGGAAGGAAAAGAGCCAUAUUGCUUUGGAAUAUGGGGUAAUGCCACUGGCUUGUUCCAGAUGACUUUCCAUACCUUUGGAGCGAAGAAGUCAGGAUCUUCAGAGAUAAAAUAUGACUUAUUUGACCCGAAUAAUCAGGUUAUUAAGUCUGGUUCUAAUCCUCUGGCUGGGUUCAUGGAAGAAAAAUUAUACAAAGAUGGAAUCUACACUAUUUGUUAUACGAAUGUAAACGGGAAAGAGAGAAAAUUAAACUUUGAUAUUGUCGCUACUCCUCAAGAUAACUCUGUUAAAGGAGAAGUUCUCGAGGUUGGCGACCUCCAGAGAUUCGAAAGUGAGCUACAAACUAUUCAUGAGUCUAUGGAAAGAGUAUCUCAUCUGAUCAACGCUAAUACUGAGAGAACAAAUGAGCAGUUAAAUUAUAAAAGGAAAACAGAUUCUAGAUCUUCAUGGUUCUUCUGGAAAUCAACCACAGUGGUUGUUGUCUGACUGAUAAAGAUCUUCUUCAUGAUAAAAUACUUUAAUGUUGGAGAAAAGGCAAGAAGCUUCCUAGGGCUGUCUGUUGGCAAGAACUACGUGUAAAGAUUCCAUUUCAAACUGG